CCGACAAGAGCAAGCUGGAGCGGGAGCUGGAUGCGCUGAAGAAGACGGAGGACGAGAUUCGAGCCGAGAGGGACGAGGCCGUGGGCGUUCUCUGUGAGAUGAGAAAGCUGCUUGGGCCAGCUCCUGGGCCGAGGGCUCGGACGGCCCUUCUGUCGCUAAUAAGUAAAUGUUGGGCAACUUGGUUUAUUUUCUCAGGAUUAUUUUCAUGAAUGUCUUCAUCUGUUCUUCGCUCAAAAAAAGUAGUCUUCUUGAUGCAGGCAAAGUGACCACAAGUGAUUAGCUGAAUAAGAAGGGUCAAAGUAAAUGAAUCAUAGGGCUUUAGUUUUAUUUCUUUUUAUUUAUGUUGGGUCACCUUUUGUGUAAUGUAUCCAGCUUCUAGAGAGGCCUUGCGUGGUUUACUUAGGAAGGACCCUUGGUCUCUGGAACACGGAAGAACCUGUAUGAACAAACGACUGAAAUCAAGCACUGCUAGUAGCAGCCUCAUCUAAUUCCCUGCUUCUCUUGCUCGUGUCCCUCUUAAUUUCUGAUAUGUUAGUUGAAUCAAUUGACCCCCUGCAUCAGUUGGUAUCAGAGCGGAGGUUCGUGUCCAUGGCGGGUGGGCGGAGGAACCGGAAUCGCGCAACCUAGCCGGCGGCUAGGGUUGAGGCGACUGGGAUGGAAGAGGAGUCGCUGGAUGGGGCUCCUCCCUGCUAUCGCCCCUUACGCGACAUCGAUGCAGCAAAUGGCAGCCGUACAGACGCAGAUGGCUCAUUUUGCUGUCACAACCCGACGGAGGGACAUGCCAGAAGAUCAGGGCAGCGAGGAUGCUUCGUAUUUCAGCGAUGGCUCUUCGGAGGUCUCUCUGCUGAAGAAUUUGUGGAUUGGCUGGAUGAGGUGGAGCGUAUAUUUGAAUAUGCAGAGGUGCCAGAGGACGAACAAGUUCCUGCAGUUGCAAUGCGGCUGAAGGGGCGUGCUUCAGUUUGCUGGAAAAAUUUGGGGCAAAGUCGCAAGCAUAUCAGCGAGCGGUUGCUAUUGAAAAGCAGCAGCAGCGACCAUUGCGCACAAAUAGCAAUCCUUACCGGCCAAGAUCCAAUAAUAUUGUGCCAACAAGGGCGUCAACAAGGAACGGUGAUACAAGACCGACAGGUCCUGCACACUUGCCCAAAGGAGCUAAAGACAUGUCCAAUCCAUCAACAAGAGGUUCAUGUUUUAAGUGUGGAUCUUCAGAACAUUUUCAAAAGGAUUGCCCAAGGAGCAGUGGCCGAGAAGGUAAAGGGCUGGUGGGUGAUUGUGAGGAGCAGCCCGAACUGCAAGGUGAUCCGAUAUAUGAUGAUUAUGAUGACAUUGAAGAGGUUGAACUAGAUGGAGAUACAGGUGACAUGCUAGUAAUGGAGCG